UCAAAACAAAGCAGCGUGGUACAGACUGGAGCUAAAAAAUAAUUAAAAAAUAAAGUUUUUAAGGAAUUUUGUUAAAAAAUGACAACAGUUGAUGGAGUUUUGGAGUAUUACGGAUGCAAUUUCUUCAAACAACGCCUGAUUUUGUCAAUUUUGAGUGGAAAACCGAUCAGAAUCAAAAAUAUUCGACCCGCCGGGAAAGGUUUACAAGAAUUUGAGGUGUCCCUAAUUCGCUUAGUAGAUAAAAUCACGAAUGGAACAACGAUCGAAAUAAGUUCAAACGGGACAGAAAUUUAUUUUUCCCCCGGAUUUUUGGAAGGAGGGCCUGUACAACACGAAUGUAAUGUUCAACGCGGGAUUGGUUACUACCUCGAAUUGCUCGUUGCUGUGGGUCCUUUUUGCAAAAAUCCUCUAAAAGCUGUUCUCAAUGGAGUUACGAACAGUAGCGAGUCUGUCAGUGUUGACACGAUCAAAAGUUCAACUCUAAAAGUUUUAAAGCGAUUUUUGAUCGUCGAUGAGGGUCUUGACAUCAUGAUAAACAAACGUGGAUUGAUGCCUUUGGGCGGCGGUGAAGUUUUUUUCAAGUGUCCCGUGAAAAAUAAUUUCAAAGCGAUUCAAGUGAUGAAUUUUGGGAAAGUAAAACGCAUUCGUGGCAUCGUUUACAGCUGCAAAGUCCCGUCUUCCGUGAUGAAUCGCACUGUUGAAGCAGCAAAAGGCGUCUUGCUCAACUUCAUUCCCGACAUUUACAUUUAUACAGAUCAAAAUAAGGGAAAAUCCUCGGGAAAAAGCCCGGGAUACGGCAUUCAACUCACCGCAGAGACAAAUAACGACGUUUUUUAUUCCGCCGAAGGAGUUUCCCAAACACUUUCGGACACAAACAAAAAUCCGACAGUCCCGGAGGAUUUGGGCAUCAGCACCGCUCACAAAUUGAUCGAAGAAAUUUUCCGCGGAGGUUGCGUCGAUUCGUCGUGUCAAUGGAUCGUAACGCUUUUCAUGGCCUUGAGUCAAAAGGAUGUCAGUAAAUACGUGACGGGCAUGCUGUCGGAAUAUACGGUAGCGAUGUUGCAACAUUUGAAGGAAUUUUUCGAUGUAACGUUCAAAAUUGAUUAUCACAAGGACGAUGAUGAGAUGGAUGACGAUGAGGAAGAAAAUGAUGAAAAUAGUUCGCCAAAAGUUAGUUUGACUUGCGUUGGGAUCGGAUACAAAAAUACGAAUAAACGAAUCACUUAAACACAUUCGUCUUAUUUAUUAAGUUAGCUGCGAUAGUAUAUUUUUAUAAGUUAACAAGUUUUUUUUUUACUAAAAUUCUUUAUAACAAAGUCGUUUUUUUUUGCUUUUAUCGAAGAUUUUUAUGUGAUUUUGUGAGAAAAAUUUAAUUUUUUUCG